AUGAACCAGUCCUACUGCUCGAUCGCCUUAGGUGGCUGUGCUUGUGGCAUCACUGGAGGCAUCAGUGCUAAAAUGACUGGAGACCAUUGUCGAGAUCACACUGAGGUACCAUUGAUAGAGGUCAGUGUGGUGACAGACGUGCCCUGUUUCCUCCUUCAUAAAUUUAACCCACUUCGGAUGGGGUUUGCAGAAUGUGUGGUAUGCGUCACCUCAGAACCGCCACCGUCCCGAAGGGAGUUGAACCACGGGAUUGUGGUGAUGAAGCAUUGUAGCAUCAAUGCAAGACCCUCUAUUCUCUGUCAUGAGGAAGUGUUAAUUUAA